GGGGCGGCGGCCGCCGGGACGAGCCUCGCCGACGCGGCUUCUCCCGCGAGCUCUCCCCAGGCUCCCGGGCCCUGCGGCUCCUUCCCGAGCUCGGACUUGCAGGAGGGCGAUCUUGAGAGCGCGGCGGCCGCGGAGGCGCCCCUGAGAGGGCAGCGCAAGGUGACCGCCUCCCCGGGGACGGCCGAGGCCGGCGCGGGCCGCGGGUUGCGUCCCACCGGAGACUCGGGAGCCUGCUCGGAUCCCGCGGGCACCUGCCGCGCCGAGCUGGCGGCCGCGGGUGCCGAGGAGCCCAGCUGCGCCGGCGGGCUCAGCAGCAGUGGCAGCGACCCGAGCCCUCCUGGGCAAUCGCCGAGCCUGGACUCCCUGGGGUCGUUCUCUAACCUGCAUUCGUUCCCCAGUAGCUCCGAGUUCAAUAGUGAGGAGGGAGCCGAGAACAGGGCUCCCGAAGAGGAGGAGGGCGCCGCGGCGCUGCCGGGAGCCGCUCCUCUGUGCCGGGAGGAGGAGGACGGGGAGGAGGCCGCGCAGGUGCUGGCAGCCUCCAAGGACCGCUUCCCGGGACAGUCUGUCUAUCACAUCAAGUGGAUCCAGUGGAAGGAAGAGAAAACACCCAUCAUCACCCAGAACGAGAACGGACCCUGCCCUUUGCUGGCGAUCCUCAAUGUUUUGCUUCUGGCCUGGAAGGUGAAACUGCCACCAAUGAUGGAAAUCAUAACUGCUGAGCAGCUGAUGGAAUAUUUAGGAGAUUAUAUGCUCGAUGCAAAGCCUAAAGAAAUUUCAGAAAUUCAACGUUUAAACUAUGAGCAGAACAUGAGUGACGCGAUGGCGAUUCUGCAUAAACUGCAGACGGGUCUGGAUGUCAAUGUGAAAUUCACUGGGGUUCGUGUAUUUGAAUAUACACCGGAAUGCAUAGUAUUUGAUCUUCUUGAUAUUCCUUUAUACCAUGGGUGGUUAGUGGACCCACAGACGGAUGACAUCGUGCAGGCCGUUGGUAACUGCAGCUACAACCAGCUGGUCGAGAAGAUCAUCUCCUGUAAGCAGUCAGACAGCAGCGAGCUGGUUAGUGAAGGCUUUGUUGCUGAGCAGUUUUUAAAUAACACAGCCACUCAACUGACAUACCAUGGAUUAUGUGAACUAACGUCAACAGUUCAGGAAGGAGAACUUUGUGUGUUCUUUCGGAAUAAUCAUUUUAGCACCAUGACCAAAUACAAGGGUCAGCUGUAUCUGUUGGUAACAGACCAAGGGUUUCUUACAGAAGAAAACGUCGUCUGGGAGAGCCUUCACAACGUGGCCGGUGACGGGGAUUUCUGUGACUCGGCCUUUCACCUGAGGCCUCCUUCAGAUCCGGAGACCGUCUAUAGAGGGCAGCAAGAUCAGAUCGAUCAGGACUAUCUGAUGGCAUUAUCACUACAACAAGAACAGCAGAGCCAAGACAUCAAUUGGGAGCAAAUCCCAGAAGGCAUCAGUGACCUGGAACUAGCCAAACAGCUGCAAGAGGAAGAGGACAGAAGGGCUUCUCAGUAUUACCAGGAACAGGAGCAAGCAGCUGCUGCUGCUGCUUCUACUUCUACACAGGCCCAGCAGGGCCAGCCAGCACAAGCUUCUCCGUCCAGUGGGAGACAGUCUGGGACUACUGAACGUAAACGAAAGGAACCUCGAGAGAAAGAGAAAGAAAAGAAUAGCUGUGUCGUUUUGUAACAAGUGUGGAUUCUGCUGGAGCUACCUGUCUUGAGACACAAAACCACAGGAAGAACCCGAUUAAUACCGUCUGUGCCUGAUUUCCCAAUGGCUUUUGUCUGUGUUUUUCUGGGGGAAGGUUGCUACUUAGUUAUAAUCGGACUUUUCCAAGUCACAGAGUCCACUCUUUGUAAGCUGGAAUUUCAUGUUACAAGCUGGAGAUGCCGUGUGUUGUCAUUCAUGAAGAAUACUGCACGUGUAGCAAAUGAGCGAAUCACAGCACAUUUUGUGUCGUGGUGGCAUUCAGAACUCAUCCUCAGUUAGUAAGCUAUGUUGUCUUCUGUUCUGAAAAUGACUGGAGGCAACUGAUUUUGUCUGAGUACUUCCUGAUAGCUAAAUAUUAGCACAAUCGUUUUUUAACUUACUUUUCACAAUGUUAAAUUAUGAUCUAAUCCACGAGAAACCAGGGGCUUACUCUAGGCAUCUAACAAGGGGGAGCUAUAAAACAAUUGGACCUUGGACUAGUGUAGCCCUCGAGCAGCUUCGCCUUUCUUUAGGAAUUCUUUAGGAUUGUACAUUUUCCAUAGUAUCUUGAGAAUCGAUAGUGGAAAUUGGAUUUAAUGUAGAUAGAAAAAUAAGACUUUCGCAUUUGUUUUCCAAAAGCAAAAAGUUACAUAACACUAACACUCAUAUCGUAACAAAAUCAGAUAUUAACAACUCUACAGUGUUGUGCAACGCUGAGGAAUAUUAAAGUCUUUACUGUGAGUAACUGGACUGUGGUUACUCUCUAUUGGCAUUAUGGGAAGUGAUAGGCAGGGGAAGCCACCGUGGAUGCUAGGCUUUGUAAAUAUGGGGAAACUAGAAAACCAGAUAAUUCGGUGUCCGCCUUUUUGUAGAACUACCUUGAAUCUUAAAUUUUAAAUCAUGUUUAUUUGCUAAAAAACUAAGUAUACUUAUUAAAACCAACUAAAAAGCACAUUUCUGAAAGGAAGUUAGACUGAAACUCUUAAUGAAAAGGCAUUGAUAAACUUGUUUGAGAGUAGAUAAGAAUUUGAAUGAAUUAAUGUUAAAGCAAUCAGAUUUUUAAUGUGUGAGAACCAAAUAAUUCUAUAACAUCUUAUAGGCUUUAUAGAAUUCAGAAAGAAUAUUUAUUGAACUUUAUUAUGAAGAUACACAUAUUUUCCUGUAUUUCUAGAUAUAGUUUAAAAAACAAUCCUCAGUAGUCUUUUUGAUAUACUUUAUAUUUAAAAGUUUACUUUAGCCAAUCUUUAAAAGACUACUCUGCAAGUAGUGUGCUUUACGUUCUAAGCUAUGGUAGGAUUUGCUUACUUAAGAGCCUCAGAAUUUGACUGAGCAUCCACUUGGGGAAGGUCUUUUGCGGUCUGAGGCGACAAUAGACUACCAGACACUGUGGUCUAGAUUGUUGAAACUAUGUCCUAACUCUUUCCAUGAUUCAUGACCAGUUAUAGGUUGAGUCUGUGUGUGUGUAUAUAUAUAUAUUAUAUAAUAAAGUCUUAUUUAUAGAAAGAAUUAUUCUAUGGGAGAAAUCCAGGGUCAAGCUGUGUAUCUAUCAUGUCCAAUGUAUGUCAGUUUAUGUUACACAAUUUGUUGUUAUUUCCUAUGUUAGCAUGGUAAAUCAUCAAGGAACUGAUUUGGGGUAUAAAUCCUUGAAACAAACUAUUUGCUCUGUCUCUUAAUAGCAACGCAAGAUAUGUGUACUUUGGCAAAGUCAUCAGAGUGCCACAGAUUUCCCUGUUACUUCCAACAAAUGGACGGGAAUCAAAGGUUCCCUCUUGUGAGCAGGUCAAGGUGGGAGGGGACAUGGAGUUCAGGGUUGAUCUGUUCUAGAGCAGAUAGCCAUGACGGUGCAUUAUAGUAAUAAGGAAAAGCAGAUCAUAAACUCAGAAAUUUUUUAAAGUAUAUUUGAAGCAUAUUUUCCAUACUUAUAUACUUAACUAUUUAUUGCCCUUGAAAAAUUUAUGUAGAGGUUAUUCUUUUGUUAAUAGUUGCUAUCAUAAUUUGUUCCAAAGAUAAUACUGCCAUUCCACAUUCCCUCUGGAAGGAAAACAAACAAACAAACAAACAAACAAAAACCUCACGUAAAACCAGCAGUGCUAUCAGACAAGUAGAUUUCAAUGUAUACUUAUAUGAAAAAGUGAAAAACGUAUUUGUUAAUUCAAUCUUUUUCUAUAUACUCUUUCAAAGUGAGACUUUCUUACAUUCCUGCAAUUUAGUUUGAUAUACCAAGGGUAAUAAAAUUUUAAAUGUUCACUUUGAUUACUGUGGGAGAACGAUGAAAUGUUCGAUUCUAUUAAAACAAACUUUUCCAGAGAUACUGAUUUCCCAUUCUUGAGGGUCAUAGAGACUUGGGGUGAAUGUGUCUUGAUUUCCUUGUACUCUGCUCAAGGUCACAAGUGACGGUGGAGACGGUUCAUUGCUGGGGGAGUGUCGUGGGCUCUGGCCGUGCCAUCGAGCAGUGAGUCCUUCACAGUAUUUUGUAGUACUUGAAAAUCAUCACAUGGACGUUGCUAGCAGAAGUUAGAAAUCAAACAUUUUUUAUUUUUAAUAUUUGUAGGCUAGGUUUUAGGCAUAUUUGCAUUAACCAAAUCACCACUGAAUUGGCAAAAGAGGCAGAUGAAUGUGUGGAUGUGGUCACUGUACUUUUACUUGCAAAGCGUAUCUUUAAGGUCAGCCCUGAUUAACUGUGUAAACGCUCUUCAUGCCUCAUCCUUUUACAAUGGCAGUGCUGUGAUUUAAAGCACGUUGUCAACACUUUAAAAUACUCUGUGUAUGUGGGGGGGCAAGUUUCUUGGCUUUCAUUAGAUUCUCAAAGGGAUCUAAGAACCUUUCAAAUUUAAGAACACACACUAUCAGUUUGAGGCAACUAAAUUGUAAUUGGCUGCUUUCUUUUUUUAUAUAA